AUGGCAGAUAAUCCUAGAACAGAUUCCUUCAGAACAGAGCUUCUGUCACCGGAGGGCGUGGCAGCUGGGACAGAUGGAACGGUGAGGAAGGUGCCCUCGUGGCGACUCAAUAUGGAUGAAUUUCGGUUGCCUACUACAAACAAGAGGUCUCAACAUGGCAUUGUUUAUUACUGGAAGUCAUGGAACAGGCAGAGAAAGGUUGCUAAGUAUUAUGAAAGGCAGGAAAGUCUUCUCAAAGGAUUUAAUGAAGUUGAUUCCUACAAUGAACUGGGUAUCCUGCCUGGAACUUUAACUGAGGAUGAAAAGAAGGAAGAAGCAAAUAGUGAGAGACAGGCAAUAUAUAUAUCAAACGUAGCAAACAUGUUGAUCUUCAUUGCAAAAGUUUACGCUUCGGUUGAGAGCAGAUCACUAGCAGUAAUAGCUUCAACACUAGAUUCCCUGUUGGAUCUUUUAUCAGGGUUCAUACUAUGGUUUACAGCUAAUGCUAUGAGAAAGCCAAAUCAGUAUCGUUAUCCUAUCGGCAAAAAUAGAAUGCAACCAGUGGGAAUUGUGGUGUUUGCAUCAGUCAUGGCAACUCUUGGAAUACAAAUAUUGCUUGAAUCAGCUCGAGAACUUAUUUCAGAGGUUCAACCAGAUAGAGAUCCAGAUAAAGUGAAAUGGAUGGUUGGAAUAAUGGCAGCUGUGACAGUAGUGAAAUUUUUCCUUACAAUAUACUGUCGUAGAUUCGCAAAUGAAAUCAUCAGAGCCUAUGCCCAAGAUCAUUUCUUUGAUGUAAUUACCAAUUCAAUUGGUCUUGCGACUGCCCUUUUGGCCAUCAAAUUCUACUGGUGGCUAGAUCCCCUUGGGGCUAUCCUAAUAGCAUUGUACACUAUCAGCAACUGGUCGAAGACGGUGAUGGAAAAUGUAUGGUCGCUAAUAGGGAGGACAGCCCCACCAGAUUACUUGGCCAAGCUAACAUAUCUAGUAUGGAAUCAUCACGAGGAAAUCAAACAUAUAGAUACAGUGAGAGCAUAUACCUUUGGAUGCAACUAUUUUGUGGAGGUGGACAUAGUGUUGCCUGGGGAAACGUCUCUAAGUCAAGCGCAUGACAUCGGGGAAACACUUCAAGACAAACUUGAACAGCUUGAUGAGGUGGAUCGAGCUUUUGUUCAUGUGGACUUUGAGUUCACUCAUAAGCCAGAGCACAAGCCUAAAGCUUCAUAG